AUACUUGGGCCAAAGAUGAUGUGACUUGGGGAUUAAAAUCAAAGUCUAUUCCAAUAUUUGUAUUAAAAGACCUAAGCAAUGUCAUUUGUGGUAUUGUGAUAUGACCAUGAUCCUAAUAACUAAUGUCAUAUCUUACAGACUGUAUUUGCUGCUUGCAUUAAAUGCUUUUUUUUUUCUUCUUUGCCAUGUUUGUUUAUAAUACGUAUAUGGGCAUUUAAAGUUCAGGUUCAGAUGGCAUUAUCUGUAGGGGGGAGUGUUUUUUCAUGCACAGCUGAAAGAUGGAGCUCAGCAUUUUAGAAAUAUCUCUGGCUGUAGCAUUCUGUCAGAGCACACAAUCUGAAAAUAGCAAAUCAUGGGGAAAAAAAGCAAUGUGCCACCAUUAUAAGGGUCAUCAAGACAGCCAUCAUCAUCAAGGACACCAUUACAGGAAGGCAUUUAUUCAUCAUCAUCAUCAUCAUCAUCAUCAUCUCUCUGUGUCUUUAUCAUCAUCAUCAUCAUCAUCAUCAUCUCCUCUCGGUGUCUUUAUCAUCAUCAUCAUCAUCACCACCCCCUCAUCAUCAUCAGCAGAGCCAUUAUAGUCAUCAUCAUUAUCAUUAGGCUGGGUAAUCAUCCACUGAGGGUUUCUGAAAAGCCCAAUAUAAAGGCCAGCUCAGGCUUCAGUCGCACACUUGGUUCUUCCGUGUGUGAGGAGAGGGCUGCACAAGAGAGAUCUGUUUCUUCGAGUAUGAGAAAAUGCUGAAGCCUUUUCAGUUUCUUCAUCACAGUUCACUUUUUCUUUGUUUCUCAUAAGGAUACCGAGGCAUCUUUAAAUGUUUUAACUGCCUGAUAUCAGUCUGCCUAGCUUCCAACUGGGAGACGAAGAGAGCUCCUCCUUCAGUCGUCUCAGCAUGGAGAGUGAUGCAGAUGACCUACAUGCUGUCGAGAAUGAGCACGAAGAGGGGACGUCUGAAGCCAACUUCCCCCCAUACCUGUCCUGCAGGGGCUGCACUCAGCUCCUGGACGAGCCUCUGGGACCUGGCAUGGACCUGGUCGGGCCGUACUGCCUGCGCUGCUGCAAAGGGAACAUGAGUGGUGUGGUGGACAGGGCACAACGGGGACUCUGCUCGGGCUCAGGCUCUGGCUCACAAACUGCAGGGACUGGCACAGAGAGAUUGGGGAGUGAGGACGGCUCCCUGAAGCUCCACUCAUGCAUGUUAUGUGGCUUCUCCUCACGCUACACAAAUCAUGUCAAAAGGCACAUGAAGGUUCAUAAUGGUGAGAAGCCUUACAGGUGUCCGCUGUGUUCUUAUGCCUCUGCUCAGCUGGUGAACCUACAGAGGCACUUGCGUAUCCACACUGGGGAGAAACCUUACAAAUGUGAGCACUGCACAUUUGCCUGCAGUUCCCUGGGGAACCUGAAAAGACACCAGCGUAUGCAUACGGUCACAAAUCCUGCUCAGACUAUGCAGCGACCAGCGAGUGGCCAAAGCCUCCGACGUCCUGUUGUGGGCCAAAAACGACAAGAUGUUCCCAGUGCCUCAAAUGAAGGACCUGUGAGGUCAGACGCUAUGCGAUCAGAAGCAAGUUUGAAUGUUGGAGGCGACAGCAGGUAUCUUCAAGCGUUUGCAGGCCUAAAGCCAGAGCAGCAGUCCUCUUCCCGAGCACUGGAGCAAGGGCAGGCCAGAACGCAGGCCGCAGCUCUGCCCCCAUUGCUCUUUCCUUUCACCUGCCGGCUGUGUGGCCUGGCCCUGGAUGAUGAGGAUGGCUCCUCUGCACAGAUCUGCGCAAAGUGCACCCUGGAGAUGCUCACGAAAGACACACCAGGCUCUGCUGGCGAACGGGGGGACAAAGUGUACACCUGCGCCGCCUGCCCCUUCCUCACACACUACCCUAACCACCUGGCCAGACACAUGAAGACACACAGCGGAGAGAAGCCCUACAAGUGCCCCCAGUGUGACUAUGCGUCCGCCCACUUCGACAACCUUAAGCGCCACCACCGAGUGCACACAGGCGAAAAGCCCUACAAGUGUCACCUGUGCGAUUAUGCCUGUGGGAACCUGGCCAAUCUCAAGAGGCACCAACGGGUGCACUCGGGGGCUAAGCCUUUCCAGUGUGCUGUUUGCAACUAUAGCUGCAACCAGAGCAUGAACCUAAAGCGCCACAUGCUGCGCCACACUGGCGAAAAACCACACAAGUGCCAGGAAUGUGGCUACACCACAGGGCAUUGGGACAAUUACAAACGGCACCAAAAGAAGCAUGGACUGGCCACAGAUGGCUGGGUGAAGGUGCAGCUGCCUGAGAACGAGGAAGAGGGGGAGGAUGACGAGGAGGUGUAGCUUGGCAACGGGAGAAAUGACUACAAUAUGAUGAGAAAGAUCAUUUGAAAUUGAGAUUGUACUGCAGAUAGCAGAUGAUGGAGAGGUGUUAUUGUACCAGCAUAAGCUUAGUCAGCUAUUCUUUUUUUUUUUUUUUCCUGUGUCAUUAUUUUUCAUGUUUCUUAAACAUCCAAGCUGCUACACAGAUUUGUGCACAAGUUUAAAGAUGAAUAGAAUGUUUAAUGCCUUUGAGAAGGAUUGGGUUGUGAUUACAGACCUCCUAGAAGUCUGCUCGGAGUGCCCUUGAUUCAUUUGUCAGUGCCAAACAGACAUUAUAUACUGCUACCUUGAUGAAAUGCAAUUCCUCCUUCAGUGUUUACCUUGCAUGCCUAUUCACCAUUGCUCUGCACCGCUGCCUAUAGAACAGUCUAACUGUAAACCUUCUUUGGUUUCUCUGAGGCCUUUGCUGUCUAAAUAACAUUUUUAAACCUGCACAACACCCCUUUACAAAUAAUAUGUUUACUGUUAAUGUCAGUAUUAAAACUGAGUCAUGAACACUGCAGCUUUCAUUUAAGGAGAAAUUGCUGGGAAUAGUGUUGCUUUUUGUUUGUUUGUCUCAAUUGUGAUAUAGCCCAUUGUUUAGUCUGAUGUUACUUGAAGCAAAAUAAUGCAUAGUAAACAUUAGACUGUCAUGCUUAAUGUAAAGCUUUUAUUUUUGUAUGUAAUAUUUUUUUGUUGUUGUUGUUGAUGUUUUUUCAAAAGAAUGUUUGGCAUGUAUUUGCCACCAGUGGCAUUAAGUUAAAGAAAAUGGACCAUAAAUUCUAUAUGCAGUUUAUAACUUUCAGGUUGCCAAAAUUAUCCAACAGUGAGAUGGAUUCUCUUCAGUGUGUGGUGCUUGAGUGUUUUCUUGUAAUUAUGCAGUGGUUUCAUAAUUGCCUUAAAUAUUCUGAAAUAAAACACUUUGUGGUGACA